AUGCCGCUCCUUUUCUCGCAAAGUGUGUUUAGAUCUCUGAGAGCAUCUAAUUUGCUACGAGGAAUAAAUGUAUUAAACAAACCAUCAUGGCGUACACCUAGGCGUACUCUAAGUACCCAUAUCGAUUCUAUUGUAAAAGGUCUUCCCAAUGGAGCUCGGAAAUCCGUGGGUUAUUGGCUCCUGGGGAUGGCUGGAUUAACCUUUGGAGCUAUUGGGAUUGGUGGAGUCACUCGGCUCACUGAGUCGGGUCUGUCGAUGGUAGACUGGCAUCCAUUCAAGGAGGUACCUCCCCGUACAGAGGAAUCCUGGAAUAAAGAAUUUGAAAAAUACAAGCAAUUUCCGGAGUAUGAACAUGUCGUGAAGGAUCGUGGUGAAAUGACUCUUUCUAGAUUCAAGUUCAUUUGGUAUAUGGAGUGGUGUCAUCGGCAAUGGGGUCGUCUAAUUGGGGUCGCUUUUGCAUUACCGGCUACCCUCUUCUGGUAUAGAGGCUACUUUAACAAGGGAAUGAAGAUAAGGGUUGUCUGCUACGGCGUACUCAUCGGAUUUCAGGGAUUACUAGGUUGGUAUAUGGUAAGAAGUGCUGGCAUGGAUCCUGGGGAGGAAUUCGUAGGUGUGCCCCGAGUGAGCCACUACCGCCUCGCGGCUCAUUUGUCAACUGCAGCAAUUCUCUACUCUCUAUUCCUAUGGUCAGGAUUCAGCCACAUGUGCACGCAUCCGACGGGAUUGGAUUGUCUCAUGGACAUUUUGUCUCAUCCCAGGAUGUUUGGAGGUUGGUAUUCGUUUGCGCGAACCCAUGUAGGCGCGUUUGUAGCGGGGUUAGAUGCUGGGCUAACGUACAACUCGUGGCCGAAGAUGGCAGACCGUUGGGUGCCGGAUGAUCUGCUGGUGGCACGGUAUGGAUCUACCCUUCGAAACUUGGUGGAAAAUCCCACGGCUGUGCAGUUUAUGCAUCGCAACCUCGCCUACCUCACGGUUGCAUUGGUGACAGGUGCGUGGGUGAUGACGUUGCGAGUUCCUGGGGGAAGACUGCGCAAUGCGGCGCAUUUCAUGCUGGCUGCCACUAUUGGUCAAUCAGCCAUUGGUAUCAUUACCCUCUUGCAGUAUGUUCCUGUUUGGUUGGGCGCUACUCAUCAGGCUGGUUCUCUCGUCCUUCUUUCCACUAUACUCUGGUACACUCACUGCCUAAGAGCCAUUCGCAAGUAA